UUUUAUAUUUCUAGUGUUGUGAUUGGUUAGACGAAAUAAAUUUGUUUGUCGUUAAUUGCUAACUGCAUGUUUCUAUAAAGUGAAAAAUAGAAAUAAUUUUAUAAAAUAAAUUAAUAAAUGUGUAAAAAUAAAUGAAAAUCGUCAUUUUAUAUUUUUGUGGAAAAAAUCUACAGUGGUUUGUCAGAAGGUUUGUGAGAAGAAUGAUAAUUUGACUAGUUCUAUUGGUAAAGAAACGAUAGCAACAUUAAUAUUCGACAAACUAUUAAGAUGCCUCCAAAGUGUAAAUUUCAAGAAGGUGAGAAAGUAUUAUGUUUUCAUGGACCCUUGAUUUAUGAAGCUAAAUGUUUAAAAUUUUCUAUUACAAAGGAGAAACAAAUCAAAUAUUUUAUUCAUUAUGCUGGUUGGAAUAAAAAUUGGGAUGAAUGGGUGCCAGAAAGUCGAGUAUUGAAAUAUAAUGAAGCUAAUGUACAAAGACAACGGGAGGUACAAAGAGCACAUUCUAAUCAACAGAGUGCACAGAAAAAUAAGAAAGGUAGUACAGGUUCUAAAACUCAAGGACGAAGGAGUGAUAUUGGUAGAGAAAAAGAUACUGAUAGUAGAGCUAGUACACCAGUAGCAAAUGUUGAUAAAACUAUUAGUCGUCUUAAUAAAAGUGCAAGUAGUAUUGUUACGCCUUCAUCAUCUCAUGAUACUACAACGGAAGGACCACGCAAAAAACGCAGCCGAGUAGAACCUUCUGGUGAAAAUGAAGAAUAUCUUACGAAAGUAGAAGUUAAAAUUAAGAUACCGGAAGAAUUAAAAUUUGUUCUAAUAGACGAAUCGGAAGUAAUAUUAAAACAUCAUAAAUUACCAGUCUUGCCUGUUAAAAACACAGUUGAUAAAAUUCUAGAUGAUUAUGUAGAAUCAAAAUCAGUUGGAAAACCUGAAGCUACCAGAGAAAGUGUUAUGGAAAUAACAAAAGGCAUUAGGGAUUACUUCAAUAUUACUUUAGGUCUUCAAUUAUUAUAUAAAUGGGAACGUCCACAAUUUAUACAGAUGCUGAACGACAAUCCAGAUGUUUUGCCCAGUCAAAUGUAUGGUGCAUUUCAUUUACUUCGAUUAUUUGUUAGACUAGGCGGAAUGUUAUCCUAUACUACUUUAGAUGAAAGAAGCAUACAAUUAUUGCUAUCACAUUUUCAUGAUUUUCUACAGUAUUUGCAAAAGAAUCAUGUCGAAUUAUUCAAUCUUCAACAAGAUUAUACAGAUCCUCCCCCAGAUUAUCAUCGAAAAUAUGGUUAAGAUAAUAUUAAAUAUAUAAUUCUA